AUGUCUUAUCGGUCUUUUGGUUCAAAACAAGCGUUAAAACGUCGGUCACGUCGUAUUCGUGGUUUAGCACCAAAUGCAGAAAUUCCAGACUGCCAUUCAGGUACUUCAAAUUCCAUAUGCCACUUUUUGGAAACGAGGGAAAAUGGUUUACCUGAGAAGUGCCAGGUAAAUAGUGAUGGAAUAAUGCAUAUUCUGUUGCAACGCAAAUUAUUAAAAGAAUAUCGCAUUAGUCUUCCGAUUGGAGUCCAUGGCAUAGUGUCUUCCAACUGGCUUAGUCGUCAUAAAGUUAUAUUUAGUACCAGUGACAAUAAGCUGUUCACGUACGAUGUGAACAAAAAAUAUGCUCAAGAGAUAGAAAACUUUUGUUAUUGGAAUACGCAUUAUAAUCGAAUGGAGAUAAUGGAGUUAAAUCCAAGUAAAACUUUGAUUGCUGUAUCAGCAAAAUGUGAUUACGAACUAAUGAUCUACCAAGUACCUCAGCUAAAUCCAUUAGUGUUAUGCAUCCCUCCGGGUUAUUUAAUGAGCAUUUUCUAUGUGUCAUGGAUAAAUGACACAACUCUGCUGGCAAGCUGUGGUGCUACUGUAUAUAUAUGGGAUAUCUCUGAAGAAAAUUUUGAAUAUGUCAGCAAUAGAUAUAUUCCCGUAACGCGUAUUAAAUCUAAAUCCGAAGAUUUUUUGUUGAAUGGUGGUAUAUGCUACAAUGCGAAACAUGGACAAUAUAUCACAAUGGGUGCAUUAGGUAAAGUGUAUUUGUUUUGUGUUGAGACUUUGAAGAAAAAACUCUUGUUCCAACUCGAGAAUAGUGCAGUGGUUCGCGAAUUAAGAUGCCAAAUUUAUGUUGCAACCCAAGGGGACGUUUUAGUCAGUUACGGAAGUUAUUCUUUCAGCUUAUAUGAUAUACGUGCCCCACUAUUAUUACCAAAUUCUCGCUGA